CACUUUUCACAAUGAGAUUCCCAAGCCACGAACGAAAACUUCAAUCCUGUCUACCAAACGUUCGAAACCCAAUCUAAAUAGUGCUUCGGACACUUUUUGGAAGCCGCCUGAAUUUCCCAUGAACAGCAUUCCCGACUCUCACGGCGACGUCACUUCGGUAUGGACCGCGCAAAGUCAGAACACUAUCGCGCGAUCGUGGAUAUGGGGAGCAAUGGAAUACGAUUCUCCAUCACCGAUCUGUCUCCGGCCACGGCUCGCAUCAUGCCGACCGUCUAUCAAGAUCGCGCCGGCAUAUCGCUUUACGACGCCCAGUGGAGCUCCGGCCAGAAAGGCCCCAUUCCGGACGACGUGAUUGCGGACGUGAUCCGAGCACUUGUUCGAUUCAAGCGCACCUGCGCGGAUUUUGGCGUCAAGGACGAGCACGUGCGCAUCGUGGCUACGGAGGCCACGAGGCAGGCGAUCAACUCCGAGGCGUAUCGUGCGAAGAUCAAGGAGGCUACGGGCUGGACGGUCGAAAUGCUGGCGAAGGAAGAAGAGGGCCGCGUCGGCGCCAUGGGCGUCGUGAGCAGCUUCUCUGCCGUCAGAGGAUUGAUGAUGGACCUCGGCGGCGGAAGCACGCAGAUCACCUGGCUCGUUGCUGAGAACGGUCAUGUACGGAUGAGCGACGCUGUCUCCGUCAGCAUGCCUUACGGCGCGGCGGCGCUGAUGAGACGCCUCACCGAGGCCAACAGGCUAGGCGGCAAAUCUCUUGAUGACCUCAGAGCCGAGAUCACAUCCAACCUCAAGGCUGCCGUGUUGACGAUAGCCAUACCACCAGAGAUUCUGGACACGCAAGGAACGGAGGACGGCCUGACAUUGUAUCUAUCCGGGGGCGGCUUCAGAGGAUGGGGCUUUGUGCUCAUGUCACAACAUCCAGUUUCUCCCUACCCCAUCCCAAUCAUAAAUGGCUUCAAAGCCUCGAUCGCCACCUUUCGAGACACGAGCCUGGUCAAGGCUGCAGCCGCAGCCGAUGACGACAUAUUUCGAGUCUCAGAGCGUCGUGCCUCCCAGGUGCCCGCUGUGGCUCUCCUGGUGUCAUGCAUGGUCGACGCACUUCCGGACAUCAAAACCGUUCGCUUCGCCCAGGGUGGUGUAAGGGAAGGUAGCCUGUUCAAAGACUUUGACGCGAAGACGAAAGAGGAACAUCCACUCGUUACGGCGACCUCUCUCUUCACCAAUGACUCAACGGGAUCUUUACUUCAUUUGCUUCAAGCCGCAUCCCCCGGAGGACCCUCCCUUGCAAAAGACCUCAUUAUGGCUCUGGGACAAAGCUUGUACAUCCACAACUCGCUUAACAAAGAUCUCAAGUCUGCGGCGGCACUUCGGAGCACGACCACCGGUGCACUAGCUGGCGUUCACGGGGCUUCUCAUGAUGAACGCGCUGCUCUUGGCGUGAUGCUGUGUGAACGAUGGGGAGGGCUUAGCGACCUCCCACCUGGCGAGGCAAGUUUCUAUCAAAGGCUUUUGCAGCUGCUUGGCCCUGAGUCUUCUUGGUGGUGCAUUUACUACGGCCGUAUUGCUGCUACUAUUGGGGAGGUCUAUCCUGCUGGCGUAGUUCCCCCUGGGCGCAAAAAAUUACUCAUCACAUCGUCAUGGGUGGAUAAAGAAACGUCUAGGGCAGACCUCAGUAACGGAGAGAUGAAAUUGAAAGUGAAAGAAAAGUUGAAGGACAAAGUCAAAGAUAAAUGGAAGGACAAAAAGCAUAAAGGCAAGAGCUCGGAUGACGAGGAGGAGGACCUGAGAAAAUCUCAGAAGUCUCUCAAGAUAGUAUUCGAUUUCGGCCCGGAUCUUGAUUCAAUUCUACUAACAGAAGGUGUCCAAAAGGCCCUACGUGCAGUAGAAAAGCUCGGUAAGAAGAAGAAUUGGCCUGGUGAUUGGGGUUGCAAAAUUGAUCUCAGGAUCAAGAGUUUGAACUUGAACGACAUGUCUAUGAGUGAAUAAUGGUUUUCAAAUCAGACACACAACUAUUUCUUUUAACGAUAGCGAAAUGCUUGAUAUGCCGGGCAUAUAAGACGCCUGCAAUGCUUCGUUGUAUCUUCACUCCCCACAACACCUCCUGUGCAUCUUAGCAUGCUGUUCAUACCUUGCGACUACAUGCUUAUGGAAUCCUUAGUCCAGUCUACAGACGCCGGAAAAAAUACACGUAUGCAAAUUUCUUC